UGGCUGCCAGGAAUUUGACUCGCUUCGCUGUCUCGCGGGUCCAGGGCGAGCUGUCAGUGUCGCCCCGCGGCCCCUCGCUCCCCCGGCCGUCCUCGUCUCCAGGAGCCCGCCUCCGAAGGCCGCCGCAGUGCUGAUCCAAACCUGAUCCAUCCUAUUCCGACCAAGCUGUUUACCCACGGUGGAAAGGACCAGGCGGAUGAAUGGAGACGCCUGCAGUCAGUCCAGUGGGAGAGACGAACCCCUCUCUGCCGCGACUAGGGGGGCAAAAAACCCCGAAGAACCUUGAUUCAACUACUCAGAUUAGGCAGCAGCCCCAAACCCCACCUACUGAAAUCCUUGAGUCGCGAGUGAGUCCAGAUCCAGCCAGUCAAAUUCUAGAGAAUCCUCAAGGGACUGGAGAACUGGCUCCUGGACUUGAAGGAGACUCUGAUAAAUUUCGUGAAUCAGCCAGUGGGAUGCCAGAGUCCCUUCAAACUUCUGAUCUGUGGCAUUGCCCCGAUGGGAGCUUUGUCAAGAAGAUAAUAAUCCGUGGCCAAGGCUUGGACAAACCCAAGCUGGGCUCUGUCUGCCGGGUAUUGGUUUUUGGGCUUCCUUUUGGGCCAGGGGUGCCAGAAGGCUCGAUAGAGCUAACUGUGGGGUUAGGUUCAUGGAGGGAGGAAACUUGGGGUGAUCUCAUAGAGAAAUGCUUGGAGUCCAUGUGUCAAGGCGAAGAGGCAGAGCUUCAUCUCCCUGGGCACUCCGGGCCUCCUGUCAGGCUCACAUUGGCCUCCUUCACUCAGGGGCGGGACUCCUGGGAACUGGAGGCCAGCGAAAAGGAGGCCCUGGCCAAGGAAGAACGUGCAAGGGGCACAGAAUUAUUUCGAGCUGGUAACCCUGAAGGGGCUGCCCGAUGCUAUGGACGAGCUCUUCGCCUGCUGCUGACUUUACCCCCACCUGGCUCUCCAGAACGAACUGCCCUUCACGCCAACCUGGCUGCCUGUCAGUUGCUGCUAGGACUGCCCCUUUUGGCAGCUCAGAGCUGUGACCGGGUGCUGGAGCGGGAGCCUGACCAUUUAAAGGCUUUGUACCGAAGGGGCGUUGCCCAGGCUGCCCUUGGGAACCUGGACAAAGCAAUUGCUGACCUCAAGAAGGUGCUGGCGUUAGACCCCCAAAACCGGGCAGCCCAGGAGGAGCUGGGAAAGGUGAUCAUUAAGGCCAAGAAACAGGAUGAAGGGCUGGCUCAGGGUCUGCGCAAGAUGUUUGGCUGAUUAAAAUUUAAACCGUAAAAGAGA